CGAACCUAGAUCCAGUCGCAGCCAUUUUACUCAGUGAAAUAAACUUCAGUCUCACAGCUAGACGAAAAAGAUAAUAUAUGUAAGAGAGUUUCACGGAUCUUUAUGCACAUUUCAUUGUGAACCAGGGUUCGGACAGAUUUGACUUUCAAGUUUCCACAAUUCGAGGAUCUUUUCAGCAAAAGUCAACAAGGGCAACCAGGAAGGAAACGACGUGUGUCUCUGGGAACAGAGCAGGACGCUGAUUCCUGCGAGUUUGACUCCAUGGCUUAGUGUGACUGUGUACAGCAACCAGCACAGACUUCUCUCUCCUCCAUCCCUGCUGUCCUCUGCUACUACUGGUAGCAGCGAGACAUAACAAAGGGACAGCGACCCAUAACCCCGUUGCUUGCCUGGGACCCCCCCAAUUCCCCUCCUGAGGCAGGAUGGAACCACAGGCUUCCCAGGGGCAGCUAGGAGCAGAAGGGGAUUGUGGGAUGUUGGGUCUGCUGGUGCCUAGUCCCCAGAGCGAGGCGGUGACCCAUGAGAUGGAGGAGCUGUCGCUGCAGCCCACACAGAGUCUGCCUCCACUCAAUGAACGCAAAAAUGUGCUGCAGUUGAGGCUUCAGCAAAGGCGAACCAGAGAGCAGCUGGCGGACCAGGGCAUCAUGCCACCUCUCAAGAGCCCAGCCGCUUUCCAUGGGCAGAUCCGCAGCUUGGAGAGAGCCAGGACUGAGAAUUUCCUGAAGCACAAGAUCCGUAGUCGUCCAGAGAGAGCGGAGCUGGUCAGGAUGCAUAUCCUGCAAGAAACUGGAGCAGAGCCCUCCCUACAGGCCACCCAGAUGAAGCUCAAGAGGGCCCGGCUGGCCGACAACCUGAACGAGAAGAUUGCCCAGAGGCCCGGCCCAAUGGAGCUGGUGGAGAAGAACAUCCUGCCAGUGGAUUCCAGCCUUAAACAGGCCAUCAUUGUGGGCCAGGUGAAUUAUCACAGGGUGUUGGAUGAAGACAGUGGUGAUGCCCUGUCCCCAGAGCAGCCAGCCAGCCAGGAGUCUCAGUGUUCUGUCCCCUCACCAGGAGAGAACAGACUGCCAGAGACGCCCUCUCUUGCCCUGGCACUCCCACCACUCCCCAGUACUAUGCUGCAGGCCCUCCCUGUUGCUACACAAGCAACAACAGACUUUGUGAAAGUGAUCUCUACCAUUGAGCCUCCUGUCAGUUGUCCAGAGACGUCUCCUGCUCAGCCAGUACCUCCUGCUGCUCCUUCAAAACCAGGCCCAACACUGGUGAAACAAAGCCAGCAGAAGGUGCCUGCAGAGAAGAGUCGCAGUAAGAAGGGCAAAGAGUCAAAGCCCAGGGUGAAGAAGCUCAAGUACCACCAGUAUGUUCCCCCAGAUCAGAAGCAGGAGGCCAGUGAAGCACCCAUGGAUUCUUCCUAUGCCCGACUACUGCAGCAGCAGCAGCUGUUCCUCCAGCUACAGAUCCUCAGCCAGCAACAGCAGCACUACAACUACCAGGCUAUAUUACCAGCACCACUCAAACCUGUGGCAGAGGGUCAGAGCAGCACUGCCAGUAGCCUGCCGACCUCCAUCGUGGUAUCACUGCCCACUGCGCCUCCCCCUCCCCCUCCAGCUGCGGCUCGACCAAACAACUCGCUGUCACACCGCAAGCCAGGAGUCUUGCCUGCCAACCUGGAGGAGAUGAAGGUGGCUGAGUUAAAACUGGAGCUAAAGCUGCGUGGCCUCCCUGUGUCAGGAACAAAGACUGAUCUGAUAGAAAGACUUAAGCCUUUCCAAGACAGCCCCAGCACCUCUGCUCCUACCACCAUCCCUCCUUCCACUACAACCCUCUCCUCCCUUCCCAUGGAAGUCACCACUACUACUACUGCCACCUCUGCCAUAGUAAUCCCAGUCCAGCAGGUGGCUCCAGAGAACAUGAGCUCCACUCCUCCAGUUUCACCCAUUCCCACUGAUUCCUCCAGCCUCCAGCAGGAUGUGGGCAUGUGUGAGGCUCUUUCUGAAGCUCAGAUGGUGAGCUCUGGCUCAGCAUCUCUCCCAUCUUUUCAAGUCCCAGAGGAAAAGGACAGGAGGCUCCAUGAGAAGGAACGGCAGAUAGAAGAGUUGAUGAGGAAGCUGGAGCAGGAGCAGAGAUUAGUGGAAGAGCUGAAGAUGCAGCUAGAGGUAGAGAAGAGAGGCCAGGGUGGUGGCACUGCUGACUCUUCCUCUGUAUCUCCCAAACUCACAUCUAUACCUUCCAUGAAUCCUGUUCCUACUGUCCUGAACUCAAAUGUAGUAAAAAUGGAGGGUACAGUCCUGUCAAACUGUUCAUCCACUACCAUCCCUAACUCCGUGCAGGGCCCCCGGGCCUUCACAAGCCCCCUGCCAGCUGUGGUGAAGUUAGAGGAUGUGACCAUUUCUUCUGGAAAGCCGCUCCAGCUCCAGACCCAAACCCAAACUCAGCUCAUCACCCAGAUCCAGCCCCAAGCCCAGCCCCAAGUAACCACCAGCCCGCAGCUACUCCCCCAGUCACAGAGAAGUCCCAAACUCCAGACCCAGCCCCAGUCCCAACCUGUAGCUCCCAGCCUGCAGCAGUUCUUCAUCAGCCACCCAGGUGGAGUCUCCCAGAUGCUGGCUCAGCCUCAGACCCUGCUAACCACAGCUGGCCAGGCAGGAACUCAGAUCCUCCUCCCAGUCUCCCUACCUAACAAAACUACUGCAAUCCAGCUUCCAAGCCCCUCUGUCAGUCUGCAGCCUGUUCUUCAGGCCACGGUCUCUAAUCCCGGCCUGGUCCGGGCCUCCAUUCCUCAGCUGCAGAGCACUAAGAUGGAGAUGGCACCCAGCCAGCAGUUAGCUAAGCAAAACCCAUUACUACAGACUCUACCUAUGUGCAAUAAUACCCCCAGUUUGGACAACCAGACUAGAACUGAGAUGAACCCCCCAUGUUUCCUGAGAAGCUCCCCAGACAACAGGGUCUCUCCACGGACUUCCCCUAGUCACCGCAUCUCCAACGGACCCCUUAAUAAGUCUCCCUCACCCCAGCCAACCUUUAUCCUCCAGCCUACUAUUACUCAACCUCUCAAGACAAGAGAGCCUCCUGGCUAUGAGGAGGCAGUCAAACAGAGCCGCACCCUGCACGUCAACAACGCUUCACAGGUUCCCACGGCAACUAGCCAGCAAAUGGACGACUUGUUUGACAUUCUCAUAAAGAGCGGAGAAAUCGCACCAUUUAUCCAGCAGGGCCCCCCAGCGCCUCUCAAUAAGACCCUCCCUGUCACAGCCAAUAUCACCACCCUGCCAGUCAGCACCGCCCUCUCCAGGCCACCUCCACAGAUCCAGGUGGCCCCUCUGCCCACCUUUAGCCCUGUCAUCGACCCCAGCCUGCUCAGCCUCUCCUCCCUGGCCACAGAUAAUCAGCUGGAGGCCUUUCUGGAGGGGACGCUGGCUGGAACACCGCCAACAUCAGACCUGCGCACACCGGGCCUGAUGGAGGACCUGCAGGCCCAGCUGAUGGAUCAGCAGCCCUACUCGCCCAUGGACACAUCAGACCUGUCUUUCUGUGAUUCCUCCUCACCUCCAUCCUCACUCAACAUGGGCCUGUCUGACCCGGCUUUGGACAAUAUGGAGUGGCUGGACCUCACCAUGCCGCCAGGUCCCGCUGGGGCACUCACGCCACUGGGGAUGCCAGCAGACUUCCUGGAUACACAUGACCUGCUGCAUUGGGACUGACGGAGCAGUGCCGGAUGAGAUGCUGAGCCAGAAGCAAGCGAUAGACGGAUGAAGAGAAGACGACGAGUCACUAUGAGGCCGAGUUUCAACAUUUUACAUUAGGAAGCAGAAGAUGGAGCAGUCGUGGCACUUCUGUCUUUAUCAGUCUUUAACAGUCCAUCCAUACCAUCUGUAAUAUUCCUCCCAUUCCACAGUAGGAGCCGCUGUACAGGCAGCGCACUGAUUCAUAUACGCAGGAGUUUGCACAGCCGAACAGCCAGAAUGACAUCAUCACCGAGCUGACUGCGGUCGCCCAUAGUGUUAGUGAGAAAGGGUUUUUAAACGGUGUCGGAUGUCGUGUUUUUAAUGAUGAUUUACAGAGAAAAUGUGAUGGCGCCAAAGGAAGACGACUAGCGCGGCCGUUUUGUAAAUGCCGUUAAAACCACACUAAUACAACUUGAAUUUCAGUCUCGGAGCCCGAGUACCAUUGAUGGCUGAGGUAGCCGUUUCUACUGCGGGUUUGGCUGGCUGGCUAUCAGAGAAUACUGGCUGUUUUGCACAGUAGCUCAUUAUAUGAAAGGGUCCCUGAAUACUUCUGGAGGUGGUCUGAUAUGAAGGCCUUUGCUCUACUGAAGCACCCUGUGCCAUAUCAGGUUAUAAAAGUCUGGAUUGCAACACAAUAACUGUGUCACUCUAAAUGACAGUACACAGACGACCAUCAAAUAUGGUUUUAAUUAAAAGACAGAAAGGAGAAUAGAUUCACAGCAAAGUUGCACAUGAGGCUCGGCCUGGGAUGACUUUACAAUGUCGGCACAGUCUCGGAUACUGUAAUCGCCACUACCGCCUCACCUGGGAAAACUUCAACUAAUCCAGUCAGCCAAGUGCUUUGAGAAGUCCCCCCUCAGCCUGUGCGAGGUGCUGGACAGUCGCACUCAACUGUUCCCUUCAUGAUUUGAAGCCAGAUGUGCUCAGUGAGUCAGUGAGCCAUAUGUUUAAAGCGAUUCCUAGAUGAGAGGAGGGCAAGCCUUUGUUCACACUGGUCCAGUCUACUACAUACUGUAAAUUCUGUGUUUGCUGACUGAUCUGAUAUGUUGUAUCAGCUGUGACUGUUAUCUCCCGGCUUACCGCAACCCCUCCAGUCACACCGAUUAAACUGACGAUGAACCUCCACCUAUGUGAGAGCUAUGCACUAAAGAAUCGGAGAGACUGGAUAACGCACCCUGUUCACCUCAGAACAAGGAAAUGUGAGCUCUGCAUAUCCAACGUGGAUCGUUCAUAUGAAGUAAUCAAUAUAAUUGCAGCACAAUGAUGAAGUGGCCAAAUGCUCCAGAGACACUGCAGCUGUUGUCCAAGUCUCUUAUUUUGAAUGUACUUUUGAAAAGAUCAAAAAAUAGGAUUUUACUUAAAACAUUGGCAGCUUUUUUUCUUCUUCUAGUAAACUGAUGUGAAACGGUGGAAGGGGAACAAAUAUCGGUCUGAGAUGUGCAGGCACACCGACGUAGGUGUGAACCGGGGCGUUUGCCGCAAGUUGUAUCAAGGGGUAAAGAUGUCCAUGGAGAAGAUGAGCUUUAUGUCGGUAUCCCUGCACUCUGUGUAUGUGUGUGUUUCAGGGUUGGAAAUGGCUGCAUCACUAGCUGAUCAGAACUGCCUGUAGGCCACGAGUUCAUCUACUAGCCUACUUAUCAAGUAACCAGUCAUCAUUUGGAGGAAUCGGUUUUCUAAAGUAAUAUCUGGCCGGUGAGGUCGUCUGACUUGUGACGCAUCAGCGGCUGUGGACAAAGUGACUUUUGUGACCGCAUGGGUAUGUGAGAAGAAAGCGAGCUGCUUUGUGCAUGUGGAUUUGUCCUCCUGUCUUUUGCAUGUAUACGUAUGUCUCUGUGUGCAUGAUUGUAUUCAUGUUUAAUCUCAUGCCGUUCCUUGCGCUUUCACAGCUCUGAUGUCUGGAAACAUUUUGUAAUAUCUUUAAAAGCCAGUUAUUUGCUGUCCAAUUGACAUAACUUUACUCUUCUGAUGGCUUCUGAUGACUGUUUCUGAGGUGUGAUGUCAGUGAAGAGGGCUUAGUUCCUUUUAAAGCCGUGAUAAAUUCUUUAUUUUUUACUGGACUGCAGUCGCUGUUUCCUGUCAGACCUUAAUGUUGAGUUACUGCUCUAGAAUGUCAUUGUAUUUUUUUUGGAGGAUUGAUACAUUAUUAAUUUUGUGGUACUUUGAAAUAAGUGCUUUUUUUUAUAAAACAUUUUUCUAGAAUCAAUCAUGUUUCUUGAAAUUACAUAUAUAAUGGAACCACUUUAUUGUGUUAUUUCAUCCAUGGCACUAGAAGCGUUUUCCUCUCUUCUGUUUUGGCACGACGGCACAUUUUCCUUAGCAGCUGUCGGCGCUUCAGGGUUAUCGGUAAAUGAGGCUAUUUUUUUUUUUUUUUUCCUGGUAUUCUCUGUCUGUGUAAUGCUGACCUGCUGUGCACAUCAGCAGUAAUGUGGAGAUCUGAGCAAAAUGACCGAGAGCCCUUUAUGUCAACUGCCUUGUUGAUGAAGCAUGACGUUCUCACUGCUGCAGUUACACAUUUAUCAUCACAUCAGACCAAGACACUUGACCACCUGAAACAGUUAUAGCAAGUACUGCACAGACCUGCUCCUGGGCUUUCUUUGUUGCUUUCACCUACCAACAGAAAUGCUAAACAGCCAGUUUAAAUCCCAGAGCUGGCCUCAGAUCAGUGCACUUUUAGUUCCCAGUUGUAUCGGAUGCUCAGACCCUGCUAUACCAGCUUGCGGGUCUAGUUAUAUAUACUUUUUUGUAUUGCUGCAAAUGUUAAAUCCUACAUCGUCACUAGUUGAUUUGCCUAUCCUAGAAGAGAUAAGUUAAUAUUGUUUUUUUUUCUGUCUUCAUAUUUUGUUGCCAAAAUGGCAGUGGAACAUAUUGUCACAAUUUUUACUUUUCUCACAUUUUUUGUAUUUAUUUUUCUUUUUGAAAAGUUGAUCAUGUCCGUGCUUGUAUAAAACCUGUAAAAGGUUUCAUGUGUAUAUUUUUGGUUUGCAGAGUUGUUGUUGUUUUUUUUUAACAUCGGUUAUACACAGACCUCUCAGCUGCGGUAAAUCCACAUGAUUUACACUCAACGUGACACCACUUACCAUCGGUAGUUGUAGCUGACUGGCCAGACAGGGACGGCUAAAAGCACUAAUGGCUGCUCUCCCUUGAUGUACUAUACUGUAUGUCAGAUCCUGCCUUGUAAUCUUUGUAAAGUAAGAGCCUUUACUACACACAGUAGUAAUAGAACAGUUUCUAAGUUCAAAAGCACUUCAUAUCUCUGUACUUAUGUGGAGUAUUGUUUGAAUAAUCCUCUUUUGUUAGAGGUUUGCGGAAGCAGCCUGAAGAACCCCCUAAGGUUCUUUUAGUGUUCCCAUCAGCUACGUUCAUAGUAGGAGCUGUUGGCUUAGGCUCACAUACCAACUUCAGCUCUCCUGCUCCUAGUUGGCUUCAUUCACCUGCACUGUUUAUUGUGCAUUUUUCAGCUGAGGACUCGAUACAGGAUGGCUGGUAAAAUUAGUGCAAAGAUUCUCCACCCGCACCGGUUAAUUUACAUUUGUCAUUGUAGUAGUCUCCUCUCUGUCUCCGCCAUGCCUCUUGUUUGGAAUGCCAUGUUUUGCACACGGUGUACAUAUUUAUAUAGAUGUAAUGCAUAUUUUUAUACAUGUGUAACAUCCAUGGGCUAUUUUGUAAAUACUGAAAAAGAUGUACAUAAGUACUGUAUGCCUUUGUGUCAAUAAAAUUUGGUGUACUGUGAACACCUUUGCACAA